CUUGCCUUCAGAGCUUUUUUAACUUUACGUUUAUAUAAACGUAGGUAUAACGUCUAUUUACGUUUGGAUAUUAGACAAUGAAUGAUGGCAUCAGUAUUUUAGAUGGAGAGUUUCAGAUUCUCCCCGUGACGCCAAACUUGUAUGAUGAAGUUGAAGAGAUGCUGGUCAAUAUUUCAGUGAACCAAGAAUACGGAUGUCUGAUCACCAAUCUGAAGGAGUCUCCAUUAGCCAUAUCCGAGCUGCGUAACUUGAUUAGACACAUCCUUUCCUUAGGACUUUCUUUCGCCAUACGUCAUGUGGAGAGUGGGAUAGUUGUGGCCGGUAUCGCUAACAUUAUAUUUAAUGUGAAAAGGAAGAACUUAUAUUACGAUAUUAGAGACCAGAUCAGAAGCCCAAAUAUGAUCAAGUAUAUUAAGUUGUGGGAUGCAGUCGAAUCGAGCUUGGAUGUCAAUGAGCAUUUUCAGAUGGACAGUACUAUGGAUGUAGAAUACAUGGGCACUUUGCAAAACUUUAGGCGACGCGGUCUGGCUAAAAUUUUGUGCCAGCAUACCAUUGAUUUCGCGACGCUCAUGUCCAAGGGAAAGCUUCCUUCAGAAGUGUUCGCCCGGAUGCCUGAGGAGGUGCAGAUUGAAAGACCAAAGGCCGUUGUCACUGUAGCCACUUCGCUAACUGCUAGAAAAAUUGGCCACAUCCUGGGAAUGCAAACGGUUCAUACAUGGAAUUUCUCCGAGCUAAGAUCUUUAGGGGAUAUAAUCACAGACCGCACCGACGGUGAGUCUUCCCAAUAUGCAGAGCUGCAAAUAAUUCAAAUUUAAUUAUGUUUGAAAAAAUAAAUAUUAAUUUGAAAGUUUA